AUGUACAGAGAAGUCAGAAAAACUGUUGAUCACAUCCAUCUGACAACCGAUGAGCUCCCUAAACAGGUUCCUGCACGCAGACACACGCAGAGAGUUGACAAGUCACAGCUGUCUAGAUACGGUACAUUUGGAGAUCCGGAUCCCGGAGCUGUUGAUACCUUUCUGGGCCUCGAGAUGGGACUGAGCUGCUUAUUAACAGAUGUGCAGUAUGCUUUGCUGCUAAUGACUUCACUGUGCAUUGCAGUUUUCAGAACCAGAGAUGGCAGGUACGGUUUCUUUGACCCACAUGCUCGGACAGCUAACGGUUUGCCUCUGCUUCGGGCCACGCCUACUCCUGGUACCGCUGUCACGGUUACAUUCACACGCCUCAGUGACAUGAUUGACAGGCUCAUCAGAUAUCACCGCAUAUUGGGCACAGCAGCGUCCUGUACCUAUGAGCUCAAGCCAGUUGUGUUCAAUGAUGAGAACCCAAGUGAUGCUAUCCCAGCCACAGAAAGUCCGUCCACAAGUCCCUCUGUAACAACCACUGUGAUAAAUGAUGACACAAGUGCUCCACAGAUGAACACUGAUGUCCAUGAAAACACUGAACAUGACAUGGAAACUGAACCAGAGCCACUAAUCAACUUCACUACUGUAAGUGAUGACACAUCACAGAAAGUCUCAACUCUGAUGGAAACACAAGCUCGUCAACAAGGUCAAAUCAGCAACAAUUCUGUCACAUCAGAGGUAACUGUCACAACAGAGGAGACACAAUCAAAUUUGACUGAACCGUUGAUAAAUAUCCCUGUCACCAGUGACAAUGUCCUCCAUGGAAUCUCGAAUAAACUGUCAAGAUUAAGCAAACAACAAAAACAGAAGUUUAAGAGGAGAGAAAUAAGAUCUGAAAAGACAUCACAAAAGAAAGAGAAUCAAAAAAGGAAAGAGAGAGAAAAGUAUGCUAAGGAUGAAACAUAUAAAGCAAAGAAAAAGUCUUACUCAAGUAACAAAUACUCUGUAAAUCCUGAGAUACAGACAAAAAAAGACAAAAGAUCACAACUAAAUAUAGAGAGAGCACAGACUUCAGACUGA